UAAUGAGCGACCACACAGCGACACAUCUCCAACCACAAACGUUCCGAUGAGGGACGAUCGCUGGCAUUCGAAUUUGCGCGUUUCCUGGCACAUAGCCUGACUGCGCACCAACCAUGGAUCGCGCAAGGAAGCGCGAACUGCGCGCCCUGAACGAUCGAGCUUGGACUGGCGAGAAAAGCCUCAUCGCCAUCAACUCGUCCCUCGACUCGUCGCUGCGCAAAAACACGUCGUUCAUGAAGCGUUUGCGAACCGCCAUAUCCGCCGCGAACCUCAACACGUUUAUCCAAGAGAUCAAGACGCUUAGCUUGCACAAGUACCUGUCCGAGAUCAUAUCGGCUUGCUACGAAGGUCUCUGUCGUCUCAAGACGCCGUCCGAAAUUGAAGCCGGAGUCGAAAUUUUGAGCGCUCUCCACCAACGUUUCGGACCUGAUGAGUUCACACAACACCUGGGGUGGUUGCUCGGCAGGGGAAUGGCAACGCCGGAAAAGAGUUAUUUGAAAACAUUGCCGCCUGAGACUAGAGAGAAGGAGGAGCGGGAACGGCUGGUGCGCCAGCGCGUGCUCAUAAGGGUGGUUACAGAGCUCUGGCUUGUCGGCGUCCUACGGACCCUCGAUGACACAACCCGGCCUGACGACGGUACAAAGGGUGUUCCCGGAAAACCCCAAGAAACCAAGGCCCGCACCAGCAUCAAGGGAGGUGGUGCUGAGCCGUUCCCUCUUGAAGUUUUGAAAGACCUCCUUGGACAUGACCGAGAGCACGUCAACCUGCCCCUGCUGGUUACCUUUGUCAAAUCUUUCAGCUGGGAUGUGUUCGGCAUUAAGGCUGCAGGCGCAGAUGGUCGGAAGACGGUGGAGGAAGAUGGGGCUACUAAGACGGCGAACGGCGGCACCGAUCUGGAUCACCAGGAGCUGCAUGACCAUGGCGGGACUGGCGAUGAUGAACCCCUUACGCCCGCGGAGCUGCAGGAGCGCUUCAGAAAUGUGUUGAAAAGAUACUUUGACGAUGUCAAGGCACAUUUGGAACGCGACCAAAAGGCAAUCUCUAACCAGUCUCGCAGGAACGCAGAAGCCUAUGUCAAAUCCGGCGAGGUCUUUGAAGACCGCCAAGCCAACUUUGACAAGCAAGUCAAAGCGCAGGAGAGGCUUGUGUCAAAUGCUCAGGUGCUUGCCGAUAUGCUAGGAGCUGAAAUGCCAGAUUUGAAGGAUGACACUGAUCCAAUGGCCAACGCCAACGCCUCUAUUGGUUUGGUGAGGACUGGCGAAUAUCUCCGUGGCCAAGGAGAAGGUGCAGGGAUCUGGGAAGACGAGGAGGAGCGACGCUUCUACGAAAACCUGGUAGAUCUGAAAGGCAAGGUACCUGCCAUCCUUCUUGAGGAUGCCAAAAAGAAGAAGGCCGAGACCGAUGAACAGGUGGGCAAACGAGUUGAUACACCUGAAACUACCGAUAUCGCCAAGGCUGCCGAAUCUGCAGAUGAUCAAUCUACUGCUAUCGCAAACAAAACCACUGGAGCUCAGGUUGAUGCCAUCCUGUUGCGGCUUCCAGACAUGAUUACAAAGGACAACGUCGACCAAACGGCAAUAGACUUUUGCUUCCUAAACUCCAAGGCAUCCCGCAACCGGCUGGUCAAAGCCCUCACCGAUGUCCCCAAGGGCCGCAGCGAUCUGCUUCCUUUUUGGGCCAGGUUGGUGGCCACUCUGGGGCAGCACAUGCCAGAUAUACCCAAGGGUGUUGUCGAGUAUCUCGAUGCGGAGUUUCGCAGCCUGCAGCGUCGCAAGGACAAAGACUUCUUGAGCCAGGUUCGGCUGAGCAAUAUUCGCUACUUGGCCGAGCUUACAAAAUUCAACAUAGUGCCUGAACAUGUUGUGUUUCACUGCCUGAAGGUUAGCUUGGAGGACUUCUCCAAGAUGAACAUCGAGGUCAUCUGUAACCUGUUGGAAAACUGUGGUCGCUACCUUCUUAGAAAUCCCGAGACCUCACCCCGUAUGAUGUCGUUUCUGGACACCCUACAACGCAAGAAGUCGGUCCAACACAUAGGACAGGCCGAGAAAAUGCUCAUAGAGAACGCCGUAUACUACGUCAACCCCCCGGAGCGACCUGCUAUUGAGCAGAAGGAGCGAACACCCAUGGAGUUGUUCGUCAGGAAGCUCGUCUAUGUGGACCUUUCGAAACGCAACUACAGCAAGGUCCUGAAGCAGAUUCGAAGACUUCACUGGGAGGAGAAAGAAGUCGUGGCCAUACUGACAAAAGUGUUCACCAAACCUGGUAGGGUGAAAUACGGAAACAUUUACCUCCUUGCCAUUCUGCUAGGGGCCAUUUGCAAGUAUCACGUCGUCUUUACAGUCACGGUUAUUGACACCCUCGUCGAGUCUAUCACCUUUGGGUUGGAACAAAACGAGUUCAAAUUCAAUCAGCGUCGAAUCGCCGAGGCCAAGUACCUGGGAGAGCUGUACAACUACCGAAUGUUUGAUCAUUCCGUCAUCUUUGACACCAUGUACAAGAUCCUUACAUUUGGUCACGGCGGGCCGCCGGUUCCGGGACGCAUCAACCCUUUUGAUCUCUCGGAUGAUUUCUUCAGAAUUCGGCUGAUUGCAACAAUCCUCGAAACGUGUGGCAUGUUCUUCAACAAGGGUGUCCAGGGGAAGAAGCUCGAUUAUUUCCUCUCGUUUUUCCAAUAUUACAUCUUCACAAAAGAACCUUUGCCCAUGGACAUUGAAUUCAUCGUACAAGACACAUAUGCUCUUACACGUCCUCAAUGGAAGUUGGCCACCAACCUGGAAGAGGCUUCAAGGGCAUUUCAAAUGGCCAUCGCCCAGGACCAGAAGAACUCUGGUCUCGACAAGGUUCUUGAGCAAGACGACGGCACUAGUGGUCCGUCUUCAGACGAUGGAGAGGGUGAUGGCGAUGAUCUCAACAUCGCCGAUGUCGACGACGACGAAGAUGUGGAAUCUGACGAGGACGAUGACCACGACGGAUCGCACGUGGACAGUGACUCGGAGGAUGAGGCAAUUGUCGUCACAAGGGAGGAAGAGGAAGUCAAUCCGGAGGACGAGGCUGAGUUUGAGCGCGAAUACGCCAAGAUGAUGGCUGAGAGCCUGGAUUCGAGAAAGUUUGAUAGGAAACCCCUGUUCGACGUCCCGCUCCCGAUGCGCACUAAGAACCAGGUCGGCGAAGGUCCUGUUACCAAUGCGCCAGGAACUAUGGCAUUCUCGCUUCUGACCAAGAGAGGCAACAGACAGCAGACUCGGACCGUGGAGCUCCCGUCCGACUCGAACUUUGCCAUCGCCAUGAAAAACCAGCAGGCAGCGGAGCGAGAAGAGCAGCAGCGUAUCAAAAACCUGGUGCUGAACCUGGACCUAGGAGAAAACGAGACAGAAGAUGGAAACGACAACAAGCCCACGUCAUAUCAUCACAAUCAUGGCAACAGACAGGGCCGGGACCGCAAUGCACAACGCGGCCGUAAACUCCAACUGAGUGACGUUGAUUGGACUUAACGACUCAGCGACCUGGUACAGACCAGACGUAGUGAAUCUUCUCAUCAUUUCAAAUAUAUUCGCGGCCAUCUUCAGCAAGGCGGUUCAUCGAGUAAAGCCACACCGCAGGUGCGCGCAACAAACUCGACUUCCAGCUGAAGACGGCAGCCCGGUACGAUGGCAACCGCAUCAAGAAAUAUAGGCGACACAAGCCUUGUCGAAUAGGCUCGUGGUAGCUAGCACGCACGCGCGGGAGACACCUCGUGGAUAGAAGUGAAUUUCCUUCACCGAGCGAGCAAAUGCUACCUACGUGCAGCUUCCCAUGUCCAUUCAUGAUUGGCAGACCAUGCAGCUAGCGAGAAGUCCUCCAUCAUAGGGUAUGCUACCCAGGUUUAUGAGACAUCUGUGGUGCCUCGGGUGCUUACCUAGGUUACCUAGCUAGGUAGGGUGGAUACCUAGGUAAGUCCGCGCAAGGAAACUCUGUGGGUUGGAUGGACGAUGCGGUGAUGGUUGUGGCGGAUGGACGAUCUGUCGGCCCCUCACUCUGGGGCGAAAACUGUGGCUGCACACUUCUGCUCUGCGACUAAGAGUUUCAUGGCGAUUUGUCGUCCUGGCUCUUGCGGCCCUAGCCUCAGCCUCAGCUCGGACAACAGAUUGUGAACAGAGUGCUUAAAUUAUGAAUUCGUUAGUAAUUGGUUUUCAUACCUGACCGAGAAUCGCUUAACCCCACACGGGAGGCCAGCCUGAUUGUAAAAGAUUCCCUCGGUUAACUGCAAGGUGCCUUGGAGAGCACACCUACCUACCUACCUGGCCAAAAAAAAAACAGAAAAAAAAACCAGUAAAACGUGGCUCAGGAAGUCUGGAAUAUCGUUGUAAGCUGCUAAUAGUCGAUUCGGUGACAGGUUUAGGUACCGCACUUGGAUUGCACUUGGGAAUCGACAUGCAUCCAGGCCAGGGGCAUAUGAAUCUGAUAUGUCUUACAAACAGUUGAGCCACAUACGGCAUUUUGACGGAUCGUCUUGGCUGCCUCACUAAGUCGAGCACGGCGGGGCAUUUGGUUUAACACAACUGGCACAGACACAUGUUAAUCUCGCUUUGUAACUGAGCAACAGCCCUAGCAUCGCGACGUAUGCAAACUAACAAAAGAGAAAGAGAUGGUUUGCGCGGUCUAUCUUGAUUGACCUGACAAGUGCCAAGCGUGACAAAGGCAGUCAAUGCAAACAGAGUGCUGACCGGCAGGAGAUGUCACAGCAGGGCGGUGCAUGGAAAGCCAGAAUUAAGAACGCGCAGGUGAAGUUUUUCGGAUUUGAGCGAGCUCUUAAUUGGCCCCAGUUUCGAUAGCCCUUUUUGUGGCAUAACGCAAUAAUCAUCGGAAGACCGCAACCUCAUGCCGUAUACGGGAUGGUGUGGCGUCACCCAAGCAGCGCGGAUCCGGCCCGAGCAGUGUUGGACAUUCAUUGGCUCGCUGUGGACGCCGUCCCAAACUCCGGCGUUCAACGUAAACAAAGCGUUGCUGCUAAAUUCAGGGGAAAAAGUGUUUGGCUCAACUCCUCGGUAAAGCGACCAACACAAAGGCAUGUAGUGUAGAAUAGUCGUUCUGUGAGGAACCCACCCCUUGCACCUGCGCAAGUUCAGAAAAGUCCCCCCAUGCAAGGUACCAAGCAGGGAACAGUAGGCUACUCAUCUGUUCCCCGGAGGCGCGAUAUGAGAUGGAUGAAGUUUUAUCAGCUGGAAACUCGGCCAUCUACGGUACCUAGUUAGUGUUGAUGCCAGACUGUGUAGCUAUUCAAGGGACCAAGCAAUCCAUUUAUUGUGUCUUGUGUUUGCCCAGUCUGUAAAAUUUAUUCUGCCCCAAUAACAUUGUCUGUCUGCCCCAUACUAUUAUUGAUGCGACCAAAGAGUCAUACACACAGGACUACUGCCAACUAAACCUGAUUGCUUGACUGCUUGCUGAA